GCCGACUGGGAGACUCACUGGAGAGUUCUGUGUUUUCGCAAUAACGGACACUUCAUCAUAAAGACCUCUCGCGCUCAUCUUUUCAUUUCAGUCGGAGCACAAGCUUAAGGUUUUGCUUUUAAUAGGCAGACAUAAAAUUACUGCUCGCACCUUAAAAAAAAAAAAAAAAAAAAAAAAAAAAAAUCUUAAGGAUUGUACUAACUGUCUAAGGAUCUGUCUGACACUGUUAUGAAUACAUAUGCGGUGGUCUAACAGAAAAAGAAAAACUUGUUAAAUUUGAGCUUUUGUUGCAUUACUUUUAAUUGCGCGCAAAGGUGGAGAUACGAGCGCGGAGCACAGAUUUGGAAGCAGUUUUUGCAGGACUUGGUCUUGUUUUUAUCUGGUUGUUGGUCAUCGAAAUAAAAUAUAAUCUUAAGACAUGAUGUCCAAGCAUCCCUGAGAUGCCCAUUAACCUGCUUGUGCUGUAACGGUCACCUGGAAACUCCGCGAGCUGCAAUUGAUCAUACUCACUAUCAUCAUUUGGACUGCUUUUUUUGCAACAAACAUGAUCAUGCGAUGAGUAAGCUCGAUUUGGGCAUAUUGUCAGAAACUAAUACAGGGGGUGAAUGAUGGCUGAAGAUGGUGGAAAUAUCUCCGAGGACCAUCAGUUGAGGGAAGAAGAGGGCAGCUCCUCUCUUCCAAGGACUUUUAUACGACUUAACGACCUGUCCGGUGGCGGGGAGCGCAGCGAGUUGGAGCCUGAUGGAGGCGAGAGGCGGGAGAGCGCAGCCGGAGCAGCGACGGCGGAGGAGGUGUCUGCUAGCGGCGGGGAAGCCUUGCCCUAUCCGUCUUUGGCACCGGUUGUGUUUUUCUAUCUGAAGCAAACCACGCGCCCGAGGAGUUGGUGUCUGAAAAUGGUUUGCAAUCCAUGGUUCGAGAGGGCCAGUAUGUUGGUGAUCCUGCUGAACUGUGUUACUCUAGGGAUGUUUCACCCUUGUGAGGACAGCCUCUGUGACUCAGAGCGAUGCAAGAUCCUGGAGGACUUUGAUGACUUCAUCUUUGCUUUUUUUGCAAUUGAGAUGGUAAUCAAGAUGGUUGCACUGGGCAUCUUUGGGAAAAAGUGUUACCUUGGAGACACCUGGAAUCGACUAGACUUCUUCAUUGUGCUGGCUGGGAUGCUGGAAUAUUCUCUCAACCUGCAGAAUGUUAGUUUCUCUGCGGUCCGCACAGUCAGAGUUCUUCGACCUCUUCGGGCUAUCAACCGAGUGCCUAGCAUGAGAAUCUUGGUGACGCUUCUGCUGGACACUCUCCCCAUGCUGGGCAAUGUGUUGCUGCUUUGCUUCUUUGUUUUCUUCAUCUUUGGGAUUGUUGGGGUUCAGUUAUGGGCCGGACUCCUUCGCAACCGCUGCUUUCUCCCUGAAAACUUCUCCCUUCCUACCAGUCUAGACCUGCACAACUAUUACCACACAGAGAACGAUGAUGAAAACCCAUUCAUCUGUUCUCAACCACGGGAGAAUGGCAUGCGUCUGUGCAACUCCAUCCCGAUACUCCACGAGGAGGGCCUACAAUGCCAGCUGGACAUGGCAGCUUACAAUAGCACAGACAACACCACCUGUGUCAACUGGAACCAAUAUUACACCAACUGCUCUGCUGGAGAGGCUAAUCCCUUCAAGGGGGCCAUAAACUUUGACAACAUUGGUUAUGCCUGGAUUGCCAUCUUUCAGGUUAUUACUCUGGAGGGAUGGGUGGACAUCAUGUACUUUGUUAUGGAUGCUCACUCCUUCUACAAUUUCAUCUACUUCAUCCUCCUGAUCAUAGUGGGCUCAUUCUUCAUGAUCAACCUUUGUUUAGUUGUCAUAGCGACGCAAUUCUCUGAGACCAAGCAAAGGGAGAGUCAGCUUAUGAAGGAGCAGAGAGUACGCUUCAGGUCCAACGCCAGCACUCUUAAUAGCUUCUCCGAGCCAGGAAGCUGUUAUGACGAGCUGCUGAAGUACCUGGUCCACAUAAUUCGCAAAGCCAGCAGGCAUAUCGGACACCUCAUCCGGGCUGCCGGUCGCCUGGCAGGCCUCAGGGUCUGUGCCUCUCCACCGUUGGAACCACCACCCACUAAAAGACGUCGGCAGAAGCAGCGGCAGGGGUCCAUUCGCAAUGUCUUGCAUCAUCAACACCAUCACCUUCACCACCACUACCAUUUGGGCAAUGGGAGUGUCCGAACUGAUGUGGACACUAGCUCCCAGUCUGGCCAUCUAAUGCUCCCUGUUAUUAUCCCUCAGCAGGACUGCUGCUCUCCAUCUUCGGUGUCACUGGGUCCCGCCAGUGCCGAAUCUCUGAACAGUGUCUUUCACACUCCAGACCAUCUCGAGCUGCUGCGCUGUGGGCCAUCACCUUUUCCCACAGUGCUCCAGACAUACAAGAGGAAUUCGGUGCCAUUUGCAGCUCCAGUCCAUAAGAACUAUCCCACGUUACAGUCAUCUCUGGCAUUAGAGCAGCUCAGACAAAGAAUCCUUGAGCCAGGAGGAGGCAGCUGCACAGCUAGUAUCCUUACCAACCUAAACAUCCCCCCAACUCCUAUCAGCACCUCACAGUGCCUGGUAGAGACACAAGAUCCUCCAGGCAAGAUCAUCUGCAAGGAUACCCCCACAAACUGCAGUUGCACAAACUUGGACACCACUUUGACCUUUGACCCCGAGACAUGUCCGUAUUGUGCUAAAUCGAUGGGCAAUGACUCAGAGGGAAUGGAUGGGAAUGAGACGGCAGACUCUGACAGUGAGGGCGUGUAUGAGUUCACUCAGGAUGCCCAUUAUCGGGACAGCAGAGAUCCCAACAGGAAGAAGAAGUUUGCAUUAGGAGCUCGGGUAGCGAAGGUGGUGCUUUUCUGGAGGCUGGUGUGUGACACUUUCCGCAAGAUUGUGGACAGCAAGUACUUUGGAAGAGGAAUAAUGAUCGCCAUUCUCAUUAACACACUCAGCAUGGGCAUUGAGUACCAUGAGCAGCCUGAUGAGUUGACGAAUGCUCUGGAGAUCAGUAAUAUUGUUUUCACCAGUCUGUUUGCUCUGGAAAUGCUGCUGAAACUGCUGGUCUACGGUCCUUUUGGAUACAUCAAGAACCCCUACAAUAUCUUUGAUGGCAUUAUUGUAGUAAUCAGCGUGUGGGAGAUUGUUGGUCAGCAGGGAGGAGGUUUAUCAGUGCUGAGGACCUUUAGGCUCAUGCGGGUGUUGAAGCUGGUCCGCUUCAUGCCGGCCCUGCAGAGACAGCUGGUGGUCCUGAUGAAGACCAUGGACAAUGUUGCCACCUUCUGCAUGCUGCUUAUGCUCUUCAUAUUCAUUUUCAGUAUUCUAGGCAUGCACCUGUUUGGAUGUAAAUUCGGCUGUGAGAGGGAUGGAGACACACUUCCUGACCGCAAGAACUUUGACUCUUUAUUGUGGGCAAUUGUUACAGUUUUUCAGAUUCUUACUCAGGAGGACUGGAAUAAGGUACUGUAUAAUGGGAUGGCCUCCACCUCUCCUGUUGCUGCUCUGUACUUCAUCGCCCUCAUGACUUUUGGAAACUAUGUCCUGUUCAACCUCUUGGUGGCUAUCUUAGUGGAAGGAUUCCAAACAGAGGAAAUCACCAAGAAGGAGGAUUUUCAUGGCCAGCUGAGCUGUAUUCAGCUGCCAAUAGACUCAGGGGGUGAUGCCUCGAAGUCAAAUUCUGAAGUGGAUUUCUAUGCACAAAGCUUGGAUGAUGUUUCUGGACAAAAAAGGGAUCCAUCUGCCUCAUCUGUUGUGCCCAUCAAUGGCCAUGUGGACCUAAAGACCAGCCUGACCCCUCCGCUCAUCACUCAUACGGCUGCGACACCCAUGCCCAUUCCCAAGAUAUCAGGAGGAGGAGACCCAGCACUUGGCUAUGAGUUUCGCAGAGGCAGCAAUGUCUCCAUGGAUCCCAGUUGCCAAGAUAAAUCUCCGUCGAGUGCACGGAGUUCCCCUAAUGCCCCCUGGAGUUCAGCUAGCAACUGGAACAGCAGGCGCUCUAGCUGGAACAGCCUCGGCCGAGCCCCCAGCCUCAAGAGGCAAAAGAGACAAUCUGGUGAACGGCGGUCAUUGCUUUCCGGCGAUGGCCAGUCCAGUUCGGAUGAGGGCGAUGCUGGAGAGAGUGGGGGUGGAGAGGGUAUGUCCGAGGGCGAUGAUGCCUCCCUUGCCAGAACGAACUCUGUGGGCCAGAGGCCUCGGCACAGGCGCGUAGAAUCCCUGGAGACCCGCAGCUCUUUUGAACUGCCUCCAGACACCCUGCAGGUACCAUGCGUGCAUCGCUCUGCCAGCAUACACAGUGCCCGGCCACCCAACUUCCUUAGCAAUGGCAAGAGUUCCCCGUCUGCAGUCACCACACAACCCUCUCUAGACGAGCAUCACAGUGAGGAUGAUAAUGCAGAUGAUGAAGGAAACCUGAGUCGCAAGGCUCGUCUCUUCCGCUGGUUGGACCAUAAGCAGCCUGAAUGGUGUCGACAGAGGGCCACCUGGUCCCUUUACCUGUUCCCUCCUCAGUCAAGAUUUCGUGUGACAUGCAACAAGAUCAUCUCUCACAAGAUGUUUGACCAUGUGGUUCUUGUCAUCAUCUUUCUCAACUGCAUCACCAUCGCCAUGGAGAGGCCCAGAAUCGACCCCUCCAGCGCUGAGCGCAUCUUCCUGACGCUGUCCAAUUACAUCUUUACCGCCAUCUUCGUGACCGAAAUGACAGUAAAGGUGGUUGCCUUGGGCUGGUGUUUGGGGGAGAAGGCCUACCUAAAGAGCAGCUGGAACAUACUGGAUGGCAUGCUGGUGAUGAUCUCAGUGAUUGACAUCCUGGUAUCCCUGAUCUCCAAUAGCGGCACGAAGAUCCUGGGGAUGCUGCGGGUGCUACGGUUACUGAGAACACUGCGACCGCUCAGAGUGAUUAGCAGAGCUCCAGGACUGAAGCUAGUGGUUGAGACAUUGAUGUCAUCACUGAAACCUAUCGGGAACAUUGUGGUCAUCUGCUGCGCCUUUUUCAUCAUUUUUGGCAUCUUGGGAGUUCAGCUCUUCAAAGGAAAGUUCUUUGUGUGUCAUGGGGAGGAUACAAAGAACAUCACUAACAAGUCAGAUUGCCUCCUGGCCAACUAUAAAUGGGUCAGACACAAGUACAACUUUGAUAACCUUGGGCAGGCUCUGAUGUCCCUUUUCGUUCUGGCUUCCAAAGACGGCUGGGUAGACAUAAUGUAUGAUGGUUUGGAUGCUGUCGGUGUUGAUCAGCAGCCCGUCAUGAACUACAACCCAUGGAUGUUGCUCUAUUUCAUCUCCUUCUUGCUGAUCGUGGCUUUCUUCGUGCUCAACAUGUUCGUCGGUGUGGUGGUUGAGAACUUUCACAAGUGCCGUCGGCACCAAGAAGCAGAAGAAGCCAAACGGCGUGAGGAAAAGCGCCUUAAACGCAUGGAGAAAAAAAGAAGGAAUAUAAUGCUGACCGGUGUCAGUUGGUCCAGUCCUGAAAACUCACUGACAGAAGCCCAGAGUAAACCCUAUUACUCUGAUUACUCACCCACACGGCUUAUCAUCCACAAGAUGUGCACCAGCCACUAUCUGGACCUCUUCAUCACAAUUGUCAUCGGGCUCAAUGUCAUCACCAUGUCCAUGGAGCACUACCAACAAUCCAAGGUGCUUGAUGAAGCUCUGAAGAUCUGUAACUACAUUUUCACAAUAAUAUUUGUGCUGGAGUCCGUCUUCAAGCUUGUUGCCUUUGGAUUUCGCCGGUUCUUCAAGGACAGGUGGAACCAGUUGGAUCUUGCCAUUGUGCUAUUGUCUAUCAUGGGCAUAACUCUGGAGGAAAUUGAGGUCAAUGCUUCCCUUCCCAUCAACCCCACCAUAAUUCGCAUCAUGAGAGUUCUGCGGAUCGCUCGUGUGCUAAAGUUACUAAAGAUGGCUGUGGGAAUGCGAGCUCUGCUUGACACCGUGAUCCAAGCCCUACCUCAGGUGGGGAAUCUGGGUCUUCUCUUCAUGUUGCUCUUCUUCAUCUUCGCAGCUUUGGGAGUAGAGCUGUUUGGUGACCUGAUAUGUGAUGAGCUGCACCCCUGUGAAGGUCUUGGCCGUUACGCCACAUUCAAGAAUUUUGGCAUGGCUUUCCUCCUGCUGUUCCGCGUUUCCACCGGGGACAACUGGAAUGGCAUUAUGAAGGACACACUGCGAGACUGCUCCCAGGACACGGGCAUCUGCUACAACACAGUGGUUUCCCCCAUUUACUUUGUGUCCUUCGUGUUGACAGCUCAGUUUGUGCUGGUCAAUGUGGUGAUCGCUGUGCUUAUGAAGCACCUGGAGGAAAGCAACAAAGAGGCCAAGGAGGAGGCGGAGCUGGAAGCUGAGUUGGAGCUUGAGACUGUAGGUGGAGAUGGAGGAAUGUGCAGAGGGCAUUUCCCACCUCUGGGGCCUGGAGUCAUGUGUGGUCCAGGGGGGUCACCAGGGAUCUCCAGAGACCCUCAGGAGCUGUCAGGACCUGUGUAUCCCACAGACAGCCCACCAGCAGACAUACACAGAAACUUAGAAGAUCACAUCAAGGCAGAUCCUGAUCCUCCUAAUAGUAUGGCACCACCAUUAGAGAGGAGGCCAAUGUUAGACUCAGUUUCUCUGGUGAUCCAGGGCUCACUGGAAGGAGAGCUCAGCAUCAUGGACAACCUGUCUGGCUCCAUCUGCCACUACUACGCUCUGCCCCCUCUUCCCAGCAAGCACCGCACUGAGAAACAGAACACAGCUCCACCAGAUCCCCCAGACCCCCAGGAGUCAGGCAAGCCAAUGGAUGAGCACCUGCUGUAUGUGAAGAAGACCUCAGUGGGCCGUACACACUCUCUGCCCAAUGAUAUCUACAUGCUGCAGCCCAACUCAACCCACAAUAUCCACACAGCCUCACCUCACCUAGCUCAGACUGGGUCUACUGGCUCUAUCCAAUCUCAAACAGAAGAUCCCACCCAGCACCUGACUGUGCCCACCAAUCUGUUCCGACCAAUCAGUCCUCAUAGUCUCUCAGACUCAGAGAGCAUCCCUCGAAUCCCCCCACCUCGCCGGGCACACAUGCUUUCACGCACCCUACGCAGACAGGUGGCAGUGAGUGCUGACUCUCAGGAGACUCUUUACACAGAGGGAGGGGGAAAUGAGGGUCCUUUGGGGCUCAGGGAACUGUCCAACCCCCCUGUCAACAUCCAACCUCAGCAGCAGCAGCAGCAGCAGCACCAGCCCUCACACUUUCUGGUUCCUGCCACACCGGGUGCCUCUCCAAAAUCCUCGCGAUCUAGCGUGCACACGCAGCACAAUCCCUACGACCAGUGCAACGUCUUCUCCGGACGCGCCCACUCUCCACCACUACAUCCACACCCAUCAGCCUCCAGGCCCCCUGUAAAGCAGGAAGAAAUGGACAAAGUGGACCAGGAGGUGUCCCUUAUUAUCAGGACAGGGCUUGCAGGCAGAAGUGAUGAUGGGAUGGGCAGAGGAAUGGGAGAUGUAGGUGCAAGUAGGAGUCAUCUUAAGAAGUACCACAGUGUGGAUAUUCAGGGCCAGCGAGUGCUGCUGUUACCGCGGCCCUUGUCCUGGCUAGACGACCCACGCCGACACUCCAUAGAGGUGUGCUCGUCCGUGGAGAGCAGUCCCCAACGCAGUUCCAUCUCCUCCGGCUUUGUCUCACGAGGGGACAGCAUCCAACAGCAGUCCUCGCCACACACCCGGAAGAAGAAGAUGAGUCCCCCGUGCAUUUCCGUGGAUCCGCCAGAAGGACUGGAGCAUCCAGGGGGCUUUAAUCCAGCUCUGGCUAUGGUGCCACCCCCACUGCCAAGCCGGGACACUUGCCUGAGGAGGCGAGCUCCCUCCAGUGACUCCAAGGACUCUUUUGAUUUGGGUGGAGGAGGAGAUGGGCUGCCUCAAGAGGGAGUUCCAAACUCCAAGCUAUUGACUCUGCCUAGCUUCUCUUUUGAGAAAGCAAGCAAUGAGCACUGAACACUUGACUCAUGUGCACACAAUCACACACGCGCACACCCAACACAGACAUGCACACAACACACGAUGCACUCUGUGUAUCUGUGAUGGUGAUAAUAAUAGUCAUAAUAUUCUUAGAGAGUAAUAAUCCUAAAUGCAACAGUGGUGAAUACUCAUGAGGAAUAGUAACUAUACCUUGUAUUUUUUUUCUCUACUGCCAAAAGGAAACAAAAGGAAUUUGUGCUGAAGAGUAAACAAGCUAAUAAUGGGACUCUCUCUCUCUUCUCAAAGACGCCAACAGACAUAUGUUGGCAACCUCAAGACUUCCUUUUGGAAGUCAGUACAGAGCCCGAGGGAGAGCGCCCCUUCUGGUCAUUGUGAACACUUCACAGCAUUAUCUUGAUGCUGAACUCCACAAAGGGAACUGAUGAAGGUACAAAGCAAUAUGAACGUUUUAGAGACACUAUUUUCUUAAAUUAUUGGGCCAUGUUGUUUGUAUAGGAUGUAGAAUUUCUUUUUUGCUGUUAUUUUUUUUCUCAAUGUUUUAAUUGUUUGUUGUUUUUUCUUUAUUUUUUCACCAUAGGAUAUUUGUAGCUUUCUUGUUUUAACAAAGAUUAAAAAAAGAAAUAAUUUUUUUUUCAAAGUGCUGGGAUACAUGUAUUUGUAGGAAUAACGAUAAUGAUAAUAAUAAUUAUAAUAUAUCUCUUUAUACUGAAUAAUUAAACAGCUCUUUGAUUUUUAAGCACAAGUAUUAGAGUGAUGUGCCCUGAUUGAAAAACGAGUCUCUGAAGCUCACAUAUUGAACAUCUUUUACAGCAUUGAUCAAGAGGACUGUUAAAAAAUCAAAUACUAAUAUAAAUUACGCUGUAAGGUUUUUUGUUUAUAUCACACAUAAAAUGUCCAUGCUACCUGACAGAUAUCACUGAAAUAGGUACUUGUCAUUGCGAGAGCCCUAGACUCAGUAAACUCAAAAGAAGAGUCAGUGGAGCGGCCCACACUUUUUUUAGCCAAUAAGAAAACUAGCCAAAUAGUAACAAAAACUGUCUGAAUGUGAAUCAUUUUGCAUGUUUGCUGACAUUGGUUUGCUGACCUGUCUUUGGAGGGUGGGGUUCUGAUGAAAGUGUUGAAGUUAGCAAAACACAGUACCUUUAAUUGUGAUUACAGAAAACUACAACAAGCACACAAGCCACUGAAACAGAAACUGACAUUGACAACCAGAGGGGUCAUGUUGUUGUUUUUUCUUCCUCUUAGGUCCACUUUGAAAAGUUAGUCAAGUCUUUUAUGCACUAAAAAAGUAUUUAAUUUGUUCAUGACCAUUUUCCACACUGGAAACAACACAACAACAUGCUCUAAAAUGUUCUACACAAACUGUUAAGAUCUGACUGUAAAAUGAUGAGGAUGACCAUGUUAAAAAUAAACCAGACACUCGUU